GUGGGCGGUGGCCGCGCUGGGCCUGGCGCCAUUGGGGCGGCUGCAGUGCUGAACCGCCGGCUCUGGGCUUUGCUGCGUAUCGGCUACAACGAGUUCUUCCUGCAACCGAACCGGAACCUGCUCAUGGACGACAGCAAGGAGCAGCGCAUCCUGCGCCACGUGCGGCAGCACGCGCAGCGCGGGGACCCGCAGAGCGUGCUGGACGCCAUCGACAACUACAGCUCGCAGGAGCGAACCAUGUGCCUGGGCAAAAAGAAAGGAGCGAUCAUGGACUCCGUGAUCCAGGAGUACCGCCCCUCUCUGGUGCUGGAGCUGGGAGCCUACUGUGGCUACUCUGCGGUGCGCAUCGCCCGUCUGCUGCCCCCUGGCGGGCGGCUGCUCACCAUGGAGAUCAACCCGGAGUUUUCUGCCAUCACCCAGGAGACGCUGGACAUUGCUGGGCUGCAGGACAAGGUCACCGUGCUGCUCGGGGCGUCCCAGGACCUCAUCCCCCAGCUGAAGCACAAGUACGACGUGGACACAUUGGACAUGGUCUUCCUGGACCACUGGAAGGACCGCUACCUGCCGGACACGCUCCUGCUGGAGGAGUGUGGCCUUCUGCGGAAGGGGUCGGUGCUGCUGGCCGACAACGUCAUUGUGCCAGGGGCUCCUGACUUCCUGGCCCACGUGCGCGGGAGCAGCAGCUUCGAGUGCACACACUACAGCGCCUUCCUGGAGAACAUGCCGGUGGUGGACGGGCUGGAGAAGGCCAUCUACGUGGGCCCAGGCCGCCCGAACUGACCUUGGCCGUGCCCUCUGCCCUGGGUCCCUCCCCAAGCUGGUCCCUGCCAACCCCGCUUCUGCCACUUCGGGAUCUGUCCUCAAAUGCCACGUGUACUCGGGGCCUGGGUCCAGGCCUUGCUGGAUUCCCUGGUUGGUGGCUUCGGACUGAGCAAACUUGGUCCACCGCAAAGGGCUACUGGUCACCACGCAAAGCACCUGCGAAAGCCUAACAAAGGCUGACUCGGAGCAGGCGGGGCCCUGGACAGCGCCCCUGUCUCAGCCAAUGAGACUCCAAUCAGGGCUCUGUAGUCUGGCAGGCAGGCAGGCACCGCCAGGAAGCGGAUGCACCUGCGCGCUGUGGGGCCUUGCACUCAAGAUGUCCACCAGGUGGCAGCACUGCCUCAGCCGCCGCACCAGCAGAGGAAUCUCACCGCACACUUUCGCCUGCCGUGCCUUCACCUCCAUUGUAAUGCACCUGCACCUCUUUCCUGAAGCUGGGUGGCUGUCCUCAUCCUAUCAUGCCAUGUCUGAAUGACGUGUAACAGAAAUUAGAGAUCCAGGUAUUUCAGUACAA